AUGGGUUGUUGCUGUAGUGGUAACAGUAAACCCAUAGCGAAUCUUUCUAAUGAAUCUGCUCAGCGUGAACGUGGAAGUUUAAAAACUCCAAUCGUAACUCCAGUUAUAACACCUGUAUAUCAAGACUCUAGAAUCGAAACGUCCAUUCUAACACCUGAAACUCAAAUACCAAGAAUUGAAACAUCUAUUAUGACGCCUAAACCUGUAAUAAUAAGGCCUCAAAGUCCAGUUAAAGCACCCGAACUUCUAAUUGUAUCCAACCAAACCAAAAAUCCACCUGUAAAGCAAGACAUUUUCAAUUUAUCACGAGUUUGUAAAUUUAGCAUUAGCCAAACAAAUCCUUUGGACCUUAUUGCUGGUUAUCUUAAUGAACCCUUGACAUCUCUUGAAGAAGCUCUUCAACCAUUUCAUGGUCAAAUUGAUCAAUUAGCUAAUUAUAUCAAAAAAGCUAAAACAGAAUGUCUCUAUCCAUCGAAGCAUCAUCUUACACGUGACGAAUCAGCUGCUAUCUAUAUUUACACAAUGAAAUGGAAAAAUAAAUGUAUGUAUGAUCAUUUGGAGGCAGCAUGGAAGUCUAACGAUCGAUUGACAAUGAAGCCAUGGUUCAAAUUUCUUAGAUUGUUCAGAAGUGCACUUAAUAAAUUACCUGAUACAGAAAAAGAAAUUUGGCAAGGCAUACAUUAUGAUCAAAAUCUCUUAAAGAAAUUAAAUUCAAAGACAGGAGCACUCUACUCUACCUUGAGCUCAUGUUUAUUAUCGCCUAAUGAAAUUAAAGAUUAUCUUCAGAAAAAUGCUGGUGACAAAGUAAUACUCAUUAGUUAUAAAUCUGUAAAUGGAAAGUCAAUAACUGAGUAUUCCGUUAACAAGAACACAGUAUAUCUUAUAUGGCCUGGCAUGCAAUUAGGUGUAUCUAGUAGCAAAACCAAGCUGUCGACAAAAUCUCCUAGUAUGCAACAGAAUACUCCAGCUAACAAUACCAAUGCAUGCACAAUAUAUCCUAAUAUGAGCGUGGGUGUAGACAAUUUCAUGGAGAUUGCUGAAGAUGGCUCAGUGAUUAUACAUCUAGUAGGCCUUCCGGGUAAGUAG